AAGAUUAAAAAAGUGUGGGGGCAAUUAGUAAAAUUGAUCUCUUAGAGAGAAGUGUGGAAAUAAUGGAGGAUGGGGUCCAUCUGGAAGCCAAUCGAAAGCUGGCAUUGAUUCAUAAACCCACAAGACACAAGACAGAACACAGAGCACACUUGUCCAUUCUCCAAAACAAAAUGAAGAGCCUCCUCUUCUCUCUCUUCCUCUUCCUCUUCUUAGCCUCCUCCGCCGUCGCCACCGUCCCCGCCCACAACAUCACCCGCAUGCUGGCCGCACACCCCGGCUUCUCCACCUUCAACCACUACCUCUCCGUCACCCACCUGGCCGAAGAGAUCAACCGCCGCCAGACCAUCACCGUCCUGGCCCUCGACAAUGCCGCCAUGUCCUCCCUCCUCGACAAGCACCUCUCCCUCCCCACCAUCAAAAACGUCCUCUCCCUCCACAUCCUCGUCGACUACUUCGGCGCCAAAAAGCUCCACCAGAUCAACAACAGCACCACCCUCGUCUCCUCCAUGUUCCAGGCCACCGGCUCCGCCUCCGGCACCGCCGGCUACGUCAACAUCACCAACCUCAAGGCCGGCAAGGUCGGCUUCGCCGCCGAAGACAACGACGGCUCCCUCCACUCCUUCUACGUCAAAUCCGUCAAGGAAAUGCCCUACUACAUCUCCGUCCUCCAAAUCAGCGCCGCCAUUAGCUCCGCCGACGCCGAGGCACCCACCGCCGCCCCCUCCGCCAUCGACCUGAUCUCCAUUAUGUCCAAACAAGGCUGCAAGGCCUUCGCGGACCUUCUAAGAGGCUCCAAGGCCCUUCCAUCUUUCAAGGAAAACGUUGACGGCGGCUUAACGGUUUUCUGCCCCACCGACAGCGCCGUCAACGGUUUCGCGCCAAAGUACAAGAACCUGACCGAAGCUCAGAAGGUUUCACUUCUGUUGUACCACGCGACUCCCGUGUACGAGUCACUGCAGAUGCUCAAGUCCAGCAACGGAAUAAUGAACACUCUGGCCACAGAGGGAGCCAACAAGUACGACUUCACGGUGCAGAGUGAAGGGGAAGACGUCAGCCUCAAGACCAAAGUCAACACAGCCAGCAUAGUGGGGACAUUGAUAGAUCAGGAUCCAUUCGUGGCAUAUAAGAUAAACAGGGUAUUGAUGCCCAGAGAGCUCUUCAAGGCCAGCGACGCGGCGGAUGCACCUGCCCAGUCGCCAAAGCCCGCCAAGAAGAAGAACAAGAACAAGAACAACAGCCAUGCGGCGGAUGCACCGGCGGACGGACCAUCCGACGACGACGCUGAUUCGGAAGAUCAGAAGGCUGCGGAUGAAGACAGCAAUGGAGUAAGCGGAUUGCACGUGAGAUUCUUCAUGGUCUUCUUCAGUUUAAUUAUGGCUUUUUUGGCUCUAUGAAACACCCACAUGGAUUAUGGAGUGUCGCUACUAUACACUUGUUUCAAUUAAGAUUCUUUUCUUUCUUUAAUAUAUGUCAAGGAAAUAAAACGCUGCCACCGACAUGUAGGAGGCCAUGUGUACUUUUUAUUAUUAUAGGUUUUGUAUUUAUUGUUUGUCUGUUUUCCGAAUUAUUUUAUUGGCCUUUUUUUUUCAGUGUGGGUAGAUCCGGUUUGUGCUACCUGCCAGCUAUGGGAUGUGUGCAUAUAAACACUUUUCAACUCAUUAGUUUUUUAUGUCAA